GGCUUGGCUUCGACAACAUGUUGGAUAUCUCCUCGCCAAUUUGGCAAGAGGAAGUAUCCAUCUCGUGCUCACAAAUCGCCCACCUGCUCUAAAAAGAAUUGACAAAAACAAACAUCUAUCAUGUCCGGAAAGAACCCCCUGUUCCCCGUCCUUUGGCUUAUCCUUCUCGUCUGGGUGGCUUGGCCCGUCGCUCUGUUUUGCGCAGGAAUCUGGAUUAUCUUGCAGCCAUUCGAAGCCUGCUUCCAAUUUAUUCGAAAGACAAACAACUUUUUGGAAAAGUUGAUCACAUGGCCUCGGGAUUGCGGAAAGGCCAUCAUGGACUGCUCCCCCAACUGCCCCGCUCCUUAUUAAAGCAACUAAUACAAAGUUGAGAGGAUCGCGACGAGAAUACUGCCGGUUUUGAGAACCUCACAAAGGAAAAGCAUCAAUGCCUCGAUCUUUGCAUGCGCAUCGAACGAGGGGUGUGUUUUUGUGUGGAACGCCAAGUGCAAAGAGAAACUCAAAAUGAUGAGACUGAAUGACUUGGUACAAGUGAGAAUACUGUAGAGAAUGCUUAUUAUAGUAUAGAAGGAACAUUAUCCAAAACA